AUGAACUUGUCAGAGUCUGUCUGGCUCUUGGAAGAGCCGUGGAACCUCAGCAGAGCGGAGGAAGAGAACCAGAAACUUUUAUUCGGGAUCGGCACGGAUAAUUUCAUUACGCUGUUGGUUUUCGGGCUCAUCUUUACGCUCGGUGUACUGGGCAACUCCAUGGUGAUCACCGUGCUGGCCCGGAGCAAACCGGGGAAACCACGGAGCACCACCAAUAUAUUUAUCCUCAACCUGAGCAUAGCAGAUCUCUCCUACCUGCUCUUCUGCAUCCCCUUCCAGUCCACUAUCUAUAUGAUGCCGACGUGGGUCCUGGGUGCUUUCAUUUGCAAAUUCAUCCACUAUUUCUUCACUGUGUCCAUGUUGGUGAGCAUCUUCACUCUGUCAGCCAUGUCCGUGGACCGAUACAUUGCCAUCGUACACUCCAGAAAGUCCUCCUCUAUCCGGGUCGCGAAGCACGCUUUGAUCGGAGUGGUGGUGAUUUGGAUUCUUUCUUUGGCCAUGGCAGCGCCUGUCAUGUAUUAUCAGAACAUUUUUCACGGAGGAGAGAAUAAUACCUUUUGCUGGGAAGUGUGGCCAGAUCACAACCAGAAGAGAGUCUAUGUGGUUUGCACGUUUGUUUUUGGUUAUGUGUUGCCCCUGCUGCUGAUUUCCUUCUGUUAUGCAAAGGUUUUAAAUCACUUGCACAAAAAACUAAGAAAUAUGUCCAAAAAGUCAGAGGCAUCAAAGAAAAAGACGGCUCAGACGGUGUUAGUGGUGGUGGUGGUCUUCUGCCUGUCUUGGCUCCCUCAUCACGUCGUUCACCUCUGGGUGGAGUUCGGGACCUUCCCGCUGAACCAGGCCUCGUUUGUGUUACGGGUGGCUGCCCAUUGCCUGGCGUAUAGCAACUCGUCUGUCAACCCCGUCAUCUACGCCUUCCUGUCAGAGAACUUCAGGAAGGCUUACAAGCAGGUGUUCAAAUGCCAGAUCGGUACCAGUGACUCGCCGCUCAACAACAUCAAGGAGAUCCGAAGCAAGGUGGACACACCACCCUCGACUAACUGCACCAAUGUUUGA